AUGCUGUGUCGUAGCGCUCUUCUCAUUGCGGAUGGGUUUCUUUCUUCAAGGUACUCCUUUCACACUCUGUUUGUAUGUUUGGUACCUUACUCUUUAAAGCGCUGGUUUCCCCGUCAUGCUUUGCGUAAAAGCGACCAUAGAAAAGAUAGCAUAGCCGCAGCCAUGUCUCGCCUUGGAGGAGAUGAGCCUUUGCAGCCAUCUCAGGAGAACUCUCGGGAGCCGUCGCUGGAACUUAAUGGAGCAGGAACCUUGAGUCACAUCAAGCGGCAGUUCAUUUCAAGUUUGGUUGGCUCAUCAGCUGAGAAUGGCGCAAUAGCAUGGUCUCCGUCAGUGUCAUCUGAAGGGUCCGAAACUGAUGAUGAGGAGCCUUUGGCGGAGACACUGCAGGGAAAUGAUAAGGCCGACUUGUGUGAAGAUGUCCCUCCGCGUAUGUCUAGUGAACUUGUAGUAUUCGACGGUGAGGGGGUUCGACCCUCACAACCCGAUCGCCCCGAGGGGGGUUAUGAUCGUGUGAAACCCAUUUUAUUAUGCACAUUAGCAGGCGGUGUUGCGGCCAGUAUCAUGCGGCACCGACUAGGAGCGGUAUGUCGCUUUACGCUUAGUGGGUUGGCAAUGACGCAGUUGCUAUCCAUAUUGGGUUACGCAACCGUGGAGUGGAGGAGUUUGUUUGAUGAUGUUAUUGGUCUCUGGACAUCUGAUGGAACCGAUGGUUUCAUCUGCAAUGCAGUGGUCGCUUUAUUAGGUUCUGUUAUGCGUCGUUGUGCCUUUCUCACGGGAGUAAUUGGGGGAUUCUUUGUCCUGUAG